UUCUCGAAUAAUCUCGAAGGCUGCGGUCACCGUCGGACCUGCCACAGGAAGGGAUAUAACUCCCAAGCGCAGGCGAGAGAAGCACAUGCUGGAAAUUUCGGCGAGAGAAAAUGGCGGAAAACAACAAGAAGCUGGCACUUGAGGCAAAAGAGAAAGGAAAUGCUGCCUACAAGAAGAAGGAUUUUGCUGCAGCACUUGAACAUUAUGAAAAAGCCACCCAGUUGGACCCAACCAACAUCACUUUCUACUCCAAUCGAGCAGCUGUGUACUUCGAGCAAGGAGACUAUGAUAAGUGCAUCUCUGAGUGUGAAAAGGCAGUGGAGAUAGGUCGUGAACAAAGAGCAGAUUUCACACUCAUAGCAAAGGUGUUUGCUCGGCAAGCAAAUGCAUACUUAAAAAUGGGGGACUAUGAAAAUGCAUUGACGUACUUCAACAAAUCUCUCUCUGAGCAUCGAACUCAAGAGAUAGUGAACAAGGCACAAGAGGUUGCUGUUUUGCUAAAGGAACAACAGCGUCGGGCAUACAUUAAUCCUGAGCUUUCACUGCAAGAGAAAGAAAAAGGCAACAAGUGUUUUCAGAAUGGUGACUAUCCCACAGCUAUCAAGCACUACACAGAGGCAAUAAAGCGCAACCCAGAUGAUGCGAAAAUAUACAGUAACAGGGCUGCCUGCUACACAAAACUUAUGGAGUUCAACUUGGCACUUAAAGAUAGUGAGGAGUGCAUCAGGCUAGACCCUAAAUUUAUUAAAGGCUACCUGAGGAAAGGUAGUUGUCUCAUGGCAAUGAAGGAGAUGUCAAGGGCUGCAGUUGCUUAUCAGAAAGCUUUGGACCUUGACCCCACUUGUCAGGAGGCACUAGAUGGGUAUAGGAAAGCUGUAGUAGAAGAAGGUAACAAUCCUGAGGCUGUUCGGCAACGUGCUAUGGCAGACCCCGAAGUUCAGUCCAUUCUAGCAGACCCAGCCAUGCAGAUGAUCUUGGAGCAAAUGAGCAAGGAUCCUAGGGCUGUACGAGAGCAUUUGAAGAACCCAGACAUUGCAGCCAAAAUCCAGAAGCUGAUGGAAGUGGGAAUAGUUGCAUUACGCUGACAUGCUAGUAAACAUUCUUUCAAAUGAAAUUGUAAUAAGCCUCAUUUUGUAGCAUUUUCAGUUUUGAAGGGGUGGGAAUGGGGAAAGAGAGAUAAGAAAUUAGGUAAAUAGGAUAACUUCCAACAAAUUUUUCUGUAAAUUAGCUCUGUCACAUUGUGAUCACUAGGACUUAAACCUUGGCAUCCAUAUAUUUUUUUAUGUUUUUGGUAUGUGUGGUAUCCUGUGGUUUUUUUUUUUUUUAAAUUUUAUGUCUGUGGUUUUGAAAAAGUGAUUUCAUGUGAACAUGUGUGAAUGAGGUGAGAACUAAGCAUCUGAAUAAGUUUGGUUAUAAAUACCCUACUGUAUGAGCUUAUUCAUGCUAUUAAAUAUGCAUACUGCUCAUU